AAGUAGACUGCUUUCAACAACCUUUUUCAGCUUCAGUUUCAGCAUUUCUAGAUGGUUUUAGCUAAACAAUAACGUUUUUUAGUUUUGUUAAUCAACUUGUGAAUAAACAUUUGGUUAUGAACCACAGCGAUUCAUUGAAAAACUUAUCUCUAUUUUGCAGAUUUACGUAUCCGGUUUAACAACGUUCGUUCGCACACAUAGCACUCCUCGGCUGUUCCAUAUCCAAUAUUGGAUAAAUCAUUUGAAGCCUGCAUCGUUCCUCAGUCAUUGUUUAGCUCACGACAGCGUUGGAUGUGACUCGUAUCAUUGGCAGAAAAAAAAAAAAACAAACUUCUCACUCACAAUUGACAGUGGAAAAUUACGAGUAACCCGGCUCGUUGAAGAUAAUCGAUAAUAAAAACAAGGUCAAGUCGGUGGGAAGUUCAUCAAACUAUUGGAUAGCAAAUUUAUACCAGUGCACGUAGUUUCGGGAAAAAAAGGCAGAGUAUGGCGCAGCAAGUGCAGCAAGUUUUCAAAGCAGCCCUCAAGGUCACGGGCACGGGACGAUCGAUGUCAACCGGCGUUAUGGGACCGGCGAUCGAAGGUAACUUCCCAUCGAAGCGCGGUCAAGGUCUGCAUGUUUCCGUUCAGCGGGACUAUCCGGUGGCUGCCGUAUUGCCUCUGCCGGAUAACAUUGACCCAACCGAGACGACUCGGUUUUCCCCGCAACGUUCCCGGGAUAUCAAUUCGUCGGCUAUUCUCACGCAUCAAUCAUCGUUCGAUGCUAACCACAUCGAUGUUACCGUGGACAGUUCGUAUAAGACGGUCAACCAUGCCGAUCCCCACAUCCAGUCGUACGAUUGUCGCGGUGCCGUCAACUUGAAUUCCGCCAUGCAAAGUAAUGUCCCGAGCCCAUUCGGUGGAAUGCAUAAGUUUACCCAUCUCAACAUGCCGGGAGGAGGUUGGGCACAGGAAGGCAAAUAUUUAGCCCAUGAUUUGCACUCAUCCCACUAUACCAAUUUGCGACAGGAGGUACGCUCCGAUUGGUCAAAUUAUGAGGAUGCCCCACAGAAAGGUACUUUAGGUUUGCUAGAUCGGUAUUAUAACAAGUUACUUCUGCAGACUAACAUUGUACAUAAUAAUAGUUGCGUUAGAAAGUUUUCAAUGAGCACCGCUCUACUGACCACGAAAGAUGCUCCGAAAGCUAAACAAAUGACUGAGGAACCGGCAUCUGACGAGCAGCGAACAGAGCCGAUUCCCAUGACGCGGAAGGAACGCCUCAAGAAAGCUGUCAAGGAGUACGGUUCCACCGUGAUAGUGUUUCAUGUGGGAAUCAGUCUAGCAUCCUUGGGUGCUUGUUAUGUUUUGGUAUCUAGCGGAAUAGAUAUUGUAGCACUGUUGGAACGUUUCGAUUGGGCCAAUUCAGUACUCGCUAGUAAAACCGGUGCCGGAGCAGGAACGUUCGUGAUCGCAUACGCAAUCCACAAGGUUUUUGCACCAGUUAGAAUAAGCAUCACCCUCGGGGCAACUCCCUUCAUAGUUAGGUAUCUACGAAAGCGUGGAGUUUUGAAAUCACCCCCGCCUGCGAGCGGGACUAAAUGAAAAAGGUUUUUUUGUAGAAAUUUAGAAAAAAUGUACCUUAUAUAAAAGUUUGAUGAUGCAUCAUGUAUAAUACAAAUAUGUUUUAUAUCGCAAAACAA